UACGGGAGCGCUCGGUGGACCCUCUCACCAUGCCCUGGGGCAGUCUGGUGAGCGGCGUUCUGCAGCGGGCGCGGGCCGCCCGGCGACUCCACCUAUCUGACGAGGAGACCGGAACUCCGGCACCGGCCGACUGGAUGAACGGAAAGGCCCAUCCGACCAGCCCUGAGCGCCUUCUGCCGCUGGCCAGUAUGGUACAGAAAUGGCGCAGCGCCGUACAGCACAGUCACACUCGCGGCGAAACCGGCGCGCUGGUGGCACCGGACGGCGCAGUGGAUGCCGGGGAGAACGGAGAAGUCUGUCUCGUCAUCAAGAGCCCGUACCGCAUCCUUAGGGAGCCAAGUUAG